AUGUGUGCUGAGGGGGAAGUUGCCGCGGAAGGGAAUACAAGCAAGGCGCAUAUCGAGAUACGUUUUGGCGGCUUCGUCCCACAGAACCCCGACGACGACGGCAAUGUCACACGAGGCCGCCUCGAAUCCAUCACCACCAACUCGCACUCCCAAAUCGAACACAUCCGCUCUCUCUUUCCAGACCUCGACCUUCGCGAUGCGCCGGCGCUGCCGCGCGGACAUGUAAACCACACGCUGUACAAGUUCAUCGAGUUCAAGGGCGCGUCGACGCUGCCGCGCGAUGAUGUCGCCUUCCUCAGUUCCAAGGGCUCACUGGCGGUGCCGGAGAAGAGGCUGCUCACCGAGUUCAUUCGGCAAUACUUCCUACAGAUACAUCCAUCGAUGCCGGUGCUGAACGAGGCGGAGGUCUGGGAUAUCUACGAGCAACGGGACGGGGAGACUGACGCAGGGCGCAUCUCGCUGUUUGUCUUCCAGGCCGUGCUAUUCGCCAGCUGUCCGUAUGUAUCCCAAGAGACGCUACAGAAAUGUGGAUUUGAAGAUAAGCGGAACGCGCGAAACACGCUGUACAAGCGGACCAAGUACCUGUUUGAUCUGCAAGGCGAAGACCGUCCGUUUUUCCUGGCGCAAGGCGCGGCCCUCCUCUCGCUUCAUACGACUGCAGAAGAGCCCCAGGCGGGCAGCCUCUGGCUGACGCGAGCAAUUCAGAACGCCAUGAUUGUCGGCUGUCAGCCAGGGCCCUGCGAAGACGUCGAGCCCUCGCGGAAGAAGAGGCUCUGGUGGUCCAUCAUCCUGCGCGACCGUAGUCUCUGUCUGGGUCUGCGACGCCGUCCGCAAGUGACCUCCACCCAUUUCGGCAUGGCCGCGGAUCUCCUGGAGGAGGCCGAAAUGGAAGACGAGAUUCAGUUCUCACGGGUGUACGACCCGGAGACGAAGCGCAUGCUACUGAAAGUCUUCCAGGAGCAGUGUCGGUUGGCGGUGAUGUUGACCGAGAUGAUCUCCUUUGUGUUUGCGUCUCACGGCUUGUCUGCGCCGACACUCUCCUUGGAGCAAUUUCACAAGUCCCUAGCCACAGUGAGUCGGAUUCGAGCGUCGCUCAAGCAAUGGGAGACGUGUUCACCGUUGGGAACGCUACUGGAGGGCAGCGUUCCUGAGGCCGUGACGCUGUUCACGAACUUUACCUAUAUGUAUUACCACACGGCGCGGAUCGACCUGGCUCACUAUGAAGCCCUGCUGGUCGAGAACCAUCUAAUGUUCGCGGGCGAAAACUACAUCAAGCAGGUGUGGGAGAUAGGCAACACCCUUCGCGAUGCGAUGGACCGUUUGACAGACAUCAUGGAAUACUUCAGCCGCGAAGGCCGGGCUCAGAACCUCCCCCUAAGCAUACUUGCCUACGUCGGCAUGCCCCUCGUCCUCACAGCAAUCGACCUCAAGCUGUCGCCAUCAAGCUCCGAGAUGGACGUCCGUCGCCGACGUCUCGACGCACUGGGCGAGAUCGUCCGCCAUUCGGGACGAGUAUACGACGUCACGGACUUCGUGAGCGCAGGCACAAAUCAGAUCCUGCAGCUGGCAUACAUGACAGCCCAGCACCUCUUCAUGCGCUGGGACCAGGACCCCGCGUCUCCGGCACCGGCACGCUCUGGCUCCGCCUCCAGCCAGGCUGGAUACAAACCCAGCACUGGCGAAGUAGUCCCCGCGCAGACGGGCACCGUGGCCGGCCGCGCGAACUGCUGGCUUGACGCGUUCCUACGCUACCCGCGCGCGUAUCUUCUCAUCUCCACCUCGGUGGACUAUAGCCUGGCCGUGGGCCGGUUGCCGUACGACAGCGCGUUGCCGGAGCUGGUCCGGUGUAUUCCGCCGAUUGGCAUGGGCAUCCGGCUGCCGUGGACGAUUGAUGCCGUCGAGGCGCCGAAACGGCGGCCCCGGCUGGGGUCGCGGGUUCGACGGAACACGGAGAAUGAAGCAGACGGGCGCUCGCCCGCCGUGAAGACGCUUACCCCGUCCAGCUCGACGGGCGUUGAGCAGGGUUUCCUGGACGCUCGGCCGGUGCAGCAUGAUGUGCCGGUGCCAGGCGACGCGAGCAACACGGGGAUGACUGAUUUCGACAACUCCUAUGGGAAUACUGCCCGCGGCAACGCCCAGGCACAUCCUCCUCCGAAUGAUCAGGUUAACCUCGACUACCUAUACCUGGACGCUAUCCCCGUGGACUCUCCCGCGCCCCCAGGGGCAGGUGAGUACGGCGAGUAUGCGUCCCCUGGCAACGAGGCGUUGUCGUAUGGACCGGUGCAUGAAACUGAGGCGGAGAAAUGGCAAUUGAGGGAGACGACAGCGUCGUUCGAUCCGUUGAUCAAUUCGUGGGUGCAGGAAUUCUUUGGCGAAGGACAUGGCAGUCCGGGGCAUACGGGCAUGGAUAUGGACGGGGCGGUUAUUUUGGACAGCUAA